AUGCAGCCACUUGGAAUUUUUUGUUAUCUGGUUGUUUGCAUAACUUUCCAUGUCCCUGGAAUUGCAAUUGAAUUGUUUGCUGAGAUCAGAAUUGGAAUAGCUCCGAUCAUUUGCAGCGUAUCAGCUAUUCUGAUUCUCUGUGCAAAGUUAGAAGCUGCAAAGCUAGGAGCUCGAGUAGAUGAUUUGAGUUUGAAAGCUGGUUUUUGCUUAAAUGUUGCUGUGAAGACGGCAAUGUCCCAGCUUGAUGGGGUGCCACGAUUUCCUGAGACCUCUAAAACCCCUCGAACUCCAACCUCCCCAACUUUUGAACAACUGCUAAAAGGUAAUGCCUCAAGUUGGCCAUCAGGUGCCUCACCUAGGCUCGGAAGGAUCCAUGACCCAGAAGAAGAUCACAGCCCACAUAGGAAAUCAGUUCUCGCAAAAGUGAAGGAGAAGGCUAAGAAGCUGCGGAACACUUUGAGCGGCAAGAAAAACCAUGGGAAUGCACUGCAUGACAAUAACACCACGCCCUCAUGGGGUGUUAGCUUGGACGGCGGUGAAGAGGAUGAAGAUCCUGAAUUUUUUGGAGCUCCAAUGUACGAAUCAGAGCUAGCACCUGAGAAUUACAAAGAGACAGCAAGGCAGCACCCAAGAGCAGAUCCUGUAGUUUCUGAGAAGCAUGUUUUGGCAAGCAGUGUCAAACACGGAGUUGAAGAGGAAAAAGAGAAGCUUCCUAGUGCUAACAAAACACUUACUGAGACUGUCCCUGAGAAGCUAGCACCAGCAUAUAUCGGAGUAUCUGAGAAACUGGCACCAGCAUAUGCUGCAGUAUCUGAUGCAACACAAACAAUUGCUUCUACGAUUGCAGGCUUGACUAUUGUAACCCCUACGCCUGUGGAAACUGGAGACACUACUGGCCCAACUGCUAGUGUCAUUGAAAAAUUAGGUAGCAAUUCAGAAACAAGAGACCAAUAUUGUAACAGUCCACCAAAAUGGGAAAAAAGUGUUUCGGUGAAGGAGUAUUUGAUGCACAAGCUUGAGCCUGGAGAAGAUGAGAGAGCACUUUCUCAGGUCAUAUCUGAGGCAAUAAGUCCAAGAAAAACUCCUUGUGAGGUGGGUGUGGUGGAGAAGGUGAGAGAAGCUGUAAGUUCAUUUCUUCGGCCUGAAGCACCCUCCCACUUGACAAGUAAGAAUACAAACUCCUCCUCAGACAUAUCUGUCUCCACCAAUGCAAAGCCAUUGCCACACAGCUCUGUCUUUACAACCACUACAAGCUCAUCCCCACAAAUUCCAGCCUCCACCAGUUCCAGUUCGUUGACACACCUUCCCCUCUCUACCAAUGCUCAUGAAGGUGAGUUGACUUUUCACUUCACUGUCAAUUCAUUGUAA